UCGAGCUCGAGUACCGGCAGAGCGACCCAUCGACAAAGCUUUACAGAGAGCUUCCGCAAUCUUCCACCUUCGCCCCGCCAUCGGCAUCCUUCCCUCACACAAGCGGCGAUUCAGGAUCUCGUCAACCACCCGCCUUCCACCAGCAGACACCAAAAUCCCAAGUUUGUUGGCCGAGAAUGGGGAGAUAUUGCCAUAGGAGAGCUUGUUUCUCUCGACGAUGUAAGAUGGACUAAAAUCGAAUGCAGUGUGGAGGAAGCGACUAUGAUGCUGCUACAGAGCCCAACUAGCGUUGUUCUCGUGAAGGAUGAAUCUUCAGCCUCUAACCCAGCAUUUUGCUUUGACUAUAAUGACUUGAACUCUUAUCUCCUAACCGUCGUGGGCCUUUCUCGGCCCGAUAAUCACGACAUCAUGGUUAAAGCCCAAGGAGGAACUCGCAUAACACUUCGAGAGAUCCAGAGUCUAUGUUUCAGAGAAAACAUCGUUAAACUGAGCUCAAACGUCAACCUAUCUCAGGCUAUUGAGAAGCUCGGUAGCGGAAUACACAGAAUUCUAGUCACCGAUACAGCCGGUGAUGUUAUAGGCAUUUUAAGUCAGCUUCGUAUGGUCGAAUUUUUCUGGAAUGAGGGAAUCAAUUUUCCCACAAUUGAUCGGCUCUACCCAGUUACGGUGCAAGAGUUGGGGAUUGGCGUCCAGCCCAUCAUUUCAGUUCAUGCCGAUGCUCCACUUACAGAAGCUCUGUCUCUCAUGUAUGAUGAGGGCCUCUCAAGCGUGGCCAUUGUGGACAAUGGGCAAAAUGUGGUGGGGAACAUUUCAACUAAAGACGUACGGCACUUGACAAGUUCCUCGAGCGCACACCUACUCAGUGGGUCUUGUAUGAAUUUCAUUUCUGUUAUUCUCAAUGAAAGAGGCGUAGAAAAGGGACAGGAUGUCUAUCCCGUUUUCUAUGUAAACCCCUAUUCCACGUUGGCUCAUACUGUCGCCAAACUGGUAGCAACAAGAUCGCAUCGAAUGUGGGUUGUGGACUCUGGACCGCCACCGUCACCUCUACCUACACCCGCUAUACCAACGGUAUCAUCACAGAGCUCUACAGCGAGCGAAGUUGCUCCGGGAGCGAUCCCACCUGCUGCCCCUGUCGCCUCGGUUCCAGCAGCCGCGAUGGCUGGUGCGCUGCUGUCAGGUAAGCUGAUUGGAGUUGUUUCACUCACAGAUAUUCUCAACGCAUUCGCAAAAUCUACGGGACUGCAUCCCUCUGAGCCGUGGGAACAGAGAGCGCGACGUCGGCGCAGCUCGAGCAGUUCCGUGCGGCAUAGUGUAGAAGCGUUCCGGUCCAACAAUGAAACGAGGAGAUGA